AUGAGUGAAGAUCUUAAACAACUUGUUCCAGAAUAUUUUGCUUAUUUGAAAAAUAUAAUAGAAGACUUGAUUAAGCAAUUGCCACUGUUUAUUGCAAAAUGGAUUGUUAAAUUCGGUUUACGUGGUGCUCUUGAUCUUAAUUAUGAUAUUACUCCUUUUGCUAUUGGUAGUGAUAUAUUAUAUGAAGAUAUUCGUCGAAUUAAUCUAUUUCCAGAAUUAAUCAAAGCUACAUGCAGUGUAUUAGAAGCAUGGGCUCCAAUAGUUAAAUAUGUAACAGCAACUACCUAUCAUCCAAAUUCAUUUUAUAAAGGUUAUGUUAAUCAUUUUUAUGAUUAUUAUAAACAAGAAUAUACAACAUCCCAUGCUUUUGCUAAUUUUGGUUAUGCUGGUCUUAUUGGAUUAAUUGGUGCAUAUAUUGAAGUUUCAAUUAAACGAAUGGUUUCUGAAUGUCGUCGAUCAUCACCAGCACGACCAACUUUAUCAAUUUCUUUAAUAAUUUUUAAUAAAUCGAGACGUUGUUCUUUAACAGAUGGUCGACUAUCACCAUGA